AUGGAUGGCGACACCCGACGCAUGAAACACAAUGACGAUUCCCGUUUCCCGGCCAGGUCGGCCAUGUCCCGUCGCGGCCGUUCUGGCCAUCCGGCCAGUGCGGCGCACUCUGAGCGCUUCCGACAGUCCGUCUUGCAACCCGCACGUGGGGACCCUGCAUCGCUGUCACAAGCCGCCGCCCGGCCUCGAAUGUCCACCUACAUGGACUACGAAUACACAGACGGCGCCUUCCCGGGGCCGUCCUUGCAAGGGGGAGGGGACCUGCCACAGUUUCCGCCCGCUCUGCGCGACCCCCAGCGCCAGCGCCAGCCCCAGCACCCCCAGCAACUGUCCUUCGCCCCUUACGAGCCCGACAUGGUCUACAACAUACCCCAACAGGGCUCCGCACAGGGGCCGUACGAGGUCGUGCCACCCUACCAAGGACGGCCGUCUGCAGCCAUGGACGACCUGACCGGCCAAUUUGGCGUUCCACAAUACUUCCCUUCUAAUGAACCGACCGGCCCCGGGGUGCCUCCCGGCGUUGGAUCCCCGUACCUCACCUCGCCGCUCCAUACUUCUUAUAACCCGUCUGGUCCCAUUGGCCGCUCGACUGCAUCCCAACCCUUUCCCACCACCAUGGCGGAGAUCAACCCCAUGGCCAGCGGAGGCUCCUCAUCCACCUCGCAACCGCCACCGCCCCCACUCCAACACCGCCCGCCACCAUCCCAGCAACCACCGCAACCACCGCCGCAGGAUGCGACGGACCCGCCGAAUCUGAACGAGGCCUAUGCGCAAUUUCAGCAAGCAUUACGAGAGACAUUUGAUCAUACGCGCGCCGGCCGGCUGGUCGAGGCUAGUCGAUCCCUGUUGGAAAUUUCCGAGUGGCUAGUGACCAAUGCGCCGGGACUAGAUCGAAAUGUAGGGAUCUUACGUGACGAUCAGGUACUUUAUGCGGAUCGACUCCAGCUGUGGAAUGAUUUCAACAUCUGCUGGCUCGCGAUUUGUCAGAAGCAGAAAGACCUGAUUCAGGAAAUGCUGCAGUCUGGUCGCCGCCCGUCCCACGUCAGUUUGCUGAGCGGGGACACUUUGGAAAGUUUGGGCAACGAGUUGAUUCAACUUUGCGACCGGAUCGAAUCGCAUGGGCUGGUCGAUUACCAGAUGGGCAUCUGGGAAGAGGAAAUCCUUAGUGUCUUGGAACAGUGCCUCGAUCUCAUGGAGAACCAAACCGGAAUGUUGCACACUCACACGACUACCGCCCCCGCCACAGCCGCCUGA